CCUCUGUUCUCCAUCACAUACGCCCUGGCCAUCAACAUUGCAGUUCUUUCUUGUUUGAGGUUAGACUGUGUCCGGACGAAGGUGUGGGUGGCGUUACUCGGCGUGGUGUCUGCUGGUAUGGCCGUGUUGGCGAGCUUCGGUCUGCUGUUGUUCUGUGGGAUGCCGUUCGCCAUGACCGUGGGCUCGGCACCCUUUCUGAUUCUGGGUAAACUUAAUUAAUGUCAUCAUCUCCCGGUGCGUCUCUCAGCUGGUGUUCACUAGCUCUGCUUUCCUCCAGGUGUCGGCGUUGACGACAUGUUCAUAAUGAUCUCCAGCUGGCAAAAGACUUCGGUUGAUAUAGGCGUGGAGUUCCGCUUAGCAGAAGCGUAUAAAGAGGCUGGCGUGUCCAUCACCAUCACCACGCUGACGGAUGUGCUGGCCUUCUACAUCGGGCUGCUGACGCCCUUCCGCUCGGUGCAGUCGUUCUGCAUGUACACCAGCACCGCUCUGCUCUUCUGCUACCUCUUCAACAUCACCUUCUUCGGCGCGUGUCUCGCCCUGAACGGACGGAGAGAGAAAAGCAACAGACACUUUCUGACAUGCAUGACGGUCCCAAAACCCAGUGGCGAUGCUGUAAGUUGUUGUGCUGGUGGGGCUUUUGAUGAAAACACAAACAAGGAGCAUGAAAUGCCAAUGGAAGUGUUCUUUAAGAAAUAUUAUGGCCCAUUUCUGGCAAAGGUGUGGGUCAAGGUGCUCGUGUGUCUGAUCUACGCCGGAUAUUUAGCUGUCAGUAUCUACGGAUGCUUCCAAAUGGAGGAAGGUCUAGACCUGAAGCAUUUAGCAACAGACGGCUCGUAUGUUGCAGAUUACUAUGACAGAGAGGAUGAGUUCUUCUCUGCGUUUGGUCCGAAUGUCAUGUUAGUCAUCAAAGAUGAACAUUUUCAGUACUGGAGCCCUGAUGCUCGUAAAAGUCUUGACUUGUGUUUGAAAAACUUUGGAGAUCUAACAAUGGUAGAUUCAGAGAUUCCACUUACUUCUUGGCUUGAUGCAUACAUGCAGUUUGGUCAGAGUGCUGGUUUUGAUUUAAACAAUGAAAUGAUAUUCAAAACUCAAUUACCCGCAUUUCUUAACCGCUCAGAGUUUAGCCACGAUGUUCAUUUCACCGAUAAUAAUAUCAAUGCAACACGCAUGUUCAUUCAAACGGUGAACAUCAAGACAGCGAUCGAUGAGAAGGACAUGUUGAAUGCGUUCAGAGAAGCUGCACACACAUGUGGGAGGUUGGAGACGCCUGUUGAUCUGAUCGUGUAUCAUCCCGCAUUCAUCUAUUUCGACCAAUAUGCCGUCAUCGUCAGCAACACAAUCCAAAACCUAGUAGCUGCUACGUGCGUGAUGCUGGUGAUCUCCCUGCUGCUGAUCCCGCACCCUCUCUGCUCGCUCUGGGUCACCUUUUCCAUCGCAUCCGUCAUCGUGGGAGUGGCCGGCUUCAUGGCGCUCUGGGACGUCAGCUUAGACUCCGUGUCCAUGAUCAAUCUUGUCAUCUGCAUCGGCUUCUCUGUGGACUUCUCUGCUCACAUUUCCUAUGCUUUUGUGUCCAGUGAAAAGUCCUCAGCGAAUGAGAAAGCCACGGAUGCUCUCCACAAGCUGGGCUAUCCCAUCAUUCAGGGAGCCGUGUCCACCAUCGCAGGAGUGGUGGUGCUCGCCGCGGCUAAAAGCUACAUCUUCAGGACCUUCUUCAAAAUCAUGUUCCUGGUCAUUCUCUUCGGGGCGCUGCACGGCAUCGUGUUCUUACCCGUGUUCCUGAGCUUCCUCGGCAUUUGUAGCAACCGUCGUGUGAAAGAUGAACCAGAGCAGAAGGACACCAGUGAACGGAGAGUAAAAGUGUUCAGGAUUCCGACUGUGCAACACCUGAAAGCUUUUUCUGCUGAUCCUGACUGUUUCUGAGCUCUGUUUGACUGGACCGAGCGUGCUCUUGUGCUGUGACUCGUGUGUCUGUGAGUGUUCAACAUGCCAUCCGUCCUCGGUUUUCCUACAGGCAACUGUUCGAGACGCUGACAUUAUUCAGUUUCCAAACUUGACAGAAGACCUGUUUAAUACAAGCCUUGCUUUAUAUGACAUUUCCAUUCGACCAAGACCAUUCUGAAAAAGCAGUUAUUGUGUUUGGUUUAUUAGCAUUAAAUAUAUACAUAUUCUGUGUAUUUAUAGUUUAAUUCAGUUAAUCCUUUAUGUCUAAUUCUUUUCCUCAAUGUGUUUUUUUUAUGUUGCUGUUACAUUAAUUAUGCACGUAUUGCAGUUAAUAUAAACCAUGUUACUGGGGAUUUAUGCUUGACAUUA